AUGGAAAAGAUCCAAGCCUACGACCUCUCAGUCUUCCCAUACUCCACUGAUAACGAGAGUGAUAGCGGAAAUCCAACCACGAUAUUCUUUGCGGAAGAUCUGACUUCAGAAGAGAUGCAAUCCCUUACCCAGAAGAGCGGCCAUGAAUGCGGCUUCAUCCUUCCUGCCCCGGCAGACACAACCCCAAAGUGUCACUAUCGAAUGCGCUACUGGGUCCCAAACCACGAAAUGGAGAUGUGCGGACAUGCCACUGUAGGCGCGAUCUGGCUUCUGCACCAGCUAGGCAUGCUAGUCGCAGCUUCGACUGAAGAUCUCCUUCGCAUAUCUACGUUAUCAGGUAUAGUCGAGGCGAAAGUCCUUCCCGGCGCAACACUAGCAUCCUGCGAGAUCCUCGUGUCGCAGCCAAAGGGUACCGUGGAAGAGCUAUCUCACAGCUAUAUCCCCAAAAUCCUCUCCAGCCUCGGCCUCACAGAAGAAGAUCUCGCACCAGGAUACCCCGUUCAAAACGGAUGCACAUCACGAACAAAAACCCUGAUCCCACUGAAGAAUCGCGAUAUCCUGCAAAACAUCACGCCGGAUUCAGAAUCUAUCCGACGCGUCUGUGAGCAGAUCGAAUCGACAGGCCUAUAUCCCUACAUCAUUCUCGACUCCACGACCCAACUCAUCGAGGCGCGGCAGUUUCCCAGGUCGGUGGGGUAUGUCGAGGACCCAGCGACGGGUAUAGCAGCCGCGGCGUUAUUAUUCGGGCUUGUGGAGAAUGGGAUCGUCGACCCCGGCACAGAGAAACCUGUUCGUAUGAGACAAGGUUGGGCUAUGGGGAAGCCGUCCGAGAUUUCGGUUUGUCUUAGACAUGGUGGGGAUGGGGUGGGGUGUUGGAUUACUGGGAAGGUGAAGUGGCGAUCAUAG